UUUUAUUUUGAAGGUUUUGUCAUAGGAAAAUGAUGUCAUAAUUUGUGCUGCUGGCAGAAUAGUAGUGCAGAGGUUAGAAAAGGGAAACAAUACAGUUGUCGUCAUCAUGGCAGACCCUUGGAAAGAGUGCAUGGACCACUGCCUUGAGGUGACCAAAGAGGCUGGGAAGAUGAUCCAAGAAGCGUUGCAGAAGGACAUCUCCAUCAUGCAGAAGAGCUCUCCUGUGGACCUGGUCACUGAGACCGACCAGAAGGUGGAGCAACUCAUCAUCUCCUCCAUCAAGGAGAAGUUCCCCACACACAGUUUUAUAGGUGAAGAGUCUGUAGCGGCGGGAGCAACCAGCAACCUAACUGAUAAUCCCACCUGGAUCAUCGACCCCAUUGAUGGGACCACCAACUUUGUCCACAGAUUCCCCUUUGUCUCUAUGUCGAUUGGUUUUGCUGUGAAGAAAGAGAUAGAGUUUGGCAUUGUCUACAGCUGCCAAGAGGGCAAGAUGUACACAGCACGGAAGGGGAAAGGGUCAUUCUGUAAUGGAGAACCCAUCAAAGUGUCUGGGCAGGAAGACAUCACCAAGUCCUUGGUCCUGACAGAGAUGGGCUUUAAGAAGGAUUCAGAGCACUUCAAAACCAUGAUGGGCAACAUCGAGACUAUCCUCACCAUCCCUGUGCACGGCAUCCGCUCACCGGGUAGUGCGGCAGUCAACAUGUGCCUGGUGGCAUGCGGAGCGGCUGAUGCCUACUACCACAUGGGCAUACACUGCUGGGACAUGGCUGGAGGAGCUGCCAUCAUUAGAGAGGCUGGGGGUGUCAUCAUGGACAUCUCAGGAGGCCCAUUUGACCUGAUGUCCAGGAGGCUGAUCAUUGCCAGCAGCAGAACCAUCGCAGAGCGCAUCUCCCAGGUGAUAAAAGCAUUCCCCGUAGGAAGGGACGACAUCGAGGGAUAGAGUACCAUCACACACACAUGCAUGCACAGAGGGACUGACACAUGGCUGCAGGUGCAUGCGCACCCAGCAGAACAUACAUACACAUGUUUAGAUUAGUCAGGUCAAGAUCCUCUCUGCGCCUUAAUUGUUAAACUGGUGGUAUUAACCUUUCUCUGAAUGCACCUCAGUGGAUUUGCGAAAACCUAUCAAUGAAGACCAACUUUAUUCAUUUAAUUGACUGUUUGCCCCUCAAGGGCUUUGACUUGCAUCUCAUUUUUGGGGGGCAUUUAAGUGAGAACAAGAUUAGAAAAUGUGGUCAUUGUAGACCAAGACAUUUUCUGUCUCAAUCAUACACCACAUGGCCAAAGUAUAUGGACAUACCUUCAAAUUUGUGGAUUUGUUUAUUUUAGCCACACUCAUUGCUGACAAGUGUUUAAAAUCAAGCACACGGCCAUGCAAUCUCCAUAGACAAACAUUGGCAGUAAAAUGGCCUUACUGAAGAGCUCAGUGACUUUCAACGUGGCACUGUCAUAGGAUUCCAUCUUUCCAAUGAGUUAGUUUGUCAGAUUUAUGCUCUGCUAGAGCUGCCCAGGUCAACUGUAAUUGCUGUUAUUGUGAAGUGGAAACGUCUUGGAGCAACAACGGCUCAGUCGCGAAGUGGUAGGCCGCACAAGCUCACAGAACAGGACCGCUGAAGCACGUAGCGCGUACAAAUCAUCUGUCUUCAGUUGCAACACUCACUACUGAGUUCCAAACUGCCUCUGGAAGCAACUUCAGCACAAUAACUGUUUGUCAGGGGAGCAUCAUGAAAUAGGUUUCCAUGGCAGAGCAGCCACAACACUAGCUUCAGAUCACCAUGCGCAAUGCCAAGCGUCGGCUAGAGUGGUGUAAAGCUCUCCUCCAUUGGACUCUGGAGUAGUGGAAAUGUGUUCUCUCGAGUGAUGAAUCACGCUUCACCAUCUGUCAAUCCGAUGGACGAAUCUGGGUUUUUCGGAUUCCAGGAUAACGCUACCUGCACCAAUGCCUUAUGCCAACUGUAACGUUUGGUGGAAGAGGAAUAAUGGUCUGUGGCUGUUUUUCAUGGUUCGGGCUAGGCCCCUUAGUUCCAGUAAAUGGAAAUCUUAACGCUACAGCAUACAAUGACAUUCUAGACAAUUCUGUGCUUCCUGUUUCUGCAUGACAAUGCCCCCAUGCACAAAGCGGGGUCCAUACAGAAAUGGUUUGUCGAGAUGAGUGUGGACAAACUUGACUGGCCUGCACAGAGCCCUGACAUCAACCCCAUCGGAAACCUUUGGGAUGAAUUGGAAUGCAGACUGCUAGUCCGGCCUAAUCGCCCAACAUCAGUGCAUGACCUAACUAAUGCUCUUGUAGCUGAAUGGAAGCCAGUCCCUGCUGAAAUGUUCUAACAUCUAGUGGAAAGCCUUCCCAGCUGAGUGGAGGCUGUUAUAGCAUCAAAGAGGGAACAACUCCAUAUUAAUGGCCAUGAUUUUGGAAUGAAAUGUUCAACAAGCAGGUUCUCCACAUACUUUUGGUCAUGUGUAAGUUGAAAAUUUUAAGUAACUGUAUUAUAACUUGAACAAAUAACACAAACCUUAGCAGUAUAUAGCUUCCUUGACUGAUUUAGAAUCUUGAGUUACAAAGACAUCCAUUGACUUUCCACAAAAUAUAUAGGGAAAUCUGUAUUUAUUUAGAUCUGAAUUGUAAUGAAUAAUUUUCCUACUCUACUACAGUGCUAAAUACUUUAUAUGUUAUGUACUGUGAGGUAUAUUUAUUUAUUGCAGGUAUUGGUAUAAUAUGUUAAUGCUUUCGCAAAUAACUUGUUACCCACAUGUAUUAUUUUACAAACCUCUCAUAUUUGGAGUGACCAUACAUUGAAGCCUCACUCCCAGAGAACAUAACAUGUUGGGUAACUACAGUGAGGCAAAAAAGUAUUUAGUCAGCCACCAAUUGUGCAAGUUCUCCCACUUAAAAAGAUGAGAGAG